UCAAAGUCGCUUUAAGGUUCGAAACCACUUUUGAAAAUAUUUAUAUUUUAAACUGCCGCACAGGAGUAUAGAAUAUUUUAUAUUACUUGUGAUUCCUACAUAGCUGACUUCAUAAUUUGACCAAGAGUUGCAACAAAACUAACCUCGAAACAUGGCGUUGCGUACCUACGGAGACAAGCCGAUAAGUUUUCAAGUCGAAGAGAAUGGAGAAUAUUAUUGCAUCGGAUCGGAAGUCGGCAAUUACCUGCGUCUAUUUCGCGGGUCAUUGUAUAAGAGAUAUCCUGGCAUGUUUAGAAGAUCUAUAACCAAUGACGAACGUAAAAAGUUAGUGGAACUAGGAUUGAGUCAGCAUGUUCUUGCGUCCAGUGUAUCACUUUUACGAGCAAGCGAGGUAGAGGAUAUCAUCGAGGGCAAUGAUGACAAAUACAAAGCGGUAUCUGUGCAUUCAACUGAACCACCUGCGCCAAGAGAAGGUAAAACCAAAAAGUCGAUGGCGUGGGUACCCAGUCUACCAAACAGUUCACACCUCGAUGCAGUUCCUCAAGCCACUCCAAUAAAUCGCAACAGAGUACACAAUAAAAAAGUUAGAACGUUUCCUUUAUGUUUUGAUGAUACCGAUCCGUCAGCAAAUUUAGAAAAUGCUGCGCAACAAGAAAUGUUAGUUCCAAUUCGUUUAGAUAUGGAAAUUGAGGGCCAAAAAUUGAGGGAUACUUUCACGUGGAAUAAAAAUGAAAGUCUUAUAACACCGGAGCAGUUUGCGGAAGUAUUGUGCGACGAUUUAGAUUUAAAUCCAUUAACAUUUGUUCCGGCGAUCGCGCAAGCGAUAAGACAGCAAAUAGAAGCGUUUCCUCAAGAAACAAUUUUGGAAGAUCAAUGCGAUCAACGAGUGAUAAUUAAAUUAAACAUACACGUAGGGAAUACAUCUUUAGUAGAUCAAGUAGAGUGGGAUAUGUCGGAAAAAGAGAACAAUCCUGAGAAGUUUGCAAUGAAACUUUGUGCCGAGCUUGGCCUUGGUGGUGAAUUUGUCACCGCUAUCGCUUACAGUGUACGCGGACAAUUGUCGUGGCAUCAGAGAACGUAUGCGUUUUCCGAAGCGCCUUUACCGACAGUAGAAGUUCCUUUCCGACCUCCAUCGGAGGCCGAUCAGUGGGCGCCAUUUUUAGAAACUUUAACGGAUGCAGAAAUGGAAAAGAAGAUACGCGAUCAAGAUCGAAAUACUCGACGUAUGCGACGGUUAGCGAACACGACGCCUGGGUGGUAAAGAUAUCUAGAGAAAAAAAAUCAUAUAUAAAUAUAUACACAAUUUACAGUUUUUUAUGAAUACCGUUUUACGUUUUAAUGAUAUUUAUGUGAGAUUUAUAAAUGAGGAUAUAAUUUUUUUCGAUUAUUUUCCAAUAAUAGAAUAUAUGUCCCUAAUUAUUUGUAAAAAUGACAGAAAAAUGAUUAUAUUUAAGAAAACCACCCAUUUAUAUUCAGAUCGAUAUUGCGUCUUUCCUUUGUGCAAAAUUUCCUAAAGUCAGCUAUUUGUUCGUCCAAAAACCCAAUUCAGAUAUAUUUAACGCGUUAUAUAUUUAUUAAUUAUAAUAACAGAUUUAUAUUUGAGUUUACAUUAUUUAAAUAAAUAAUUUUGUCUUUUCUAUAAAGUAUAUUGUGUUACAUAACACUAAAUCAAUAUAUUCGCGAUAACUAUGAAAAUAUAGUAAUGUGAUUUCCUUUGUUAUUUCAUAAGUAAAGUUGA